AAAACGCGUUCGGAAUUAUGGGACGGGAUACGUAGGGACCACUAAUCGGUGUUUGGAAAGCAAUUUGGUUAAAUGUUUGUUAGAAUCGAUAAAGGGUGCCAUAAUAAUGUAUCGACAUAUUGUGACCGAAUCAUUGUUUUAAAAACCACAAAGCGCUACCCCUAGGCGCUUAACAGUGCGGAACCAACAGCGAGUUCGCUGUUGUAGUAAGUCGGCGGUAAUUAGAGGUCGCACAAAUAACCGUAUGGGAACAGGAAGAAAAAUAAAAAAAAAAAACCAAAACAACAACUGCGUAUAUAUAUGAAAUGAAAUAUGUCAACAAAACAAGUCACCUGCAGAUACUUCCUUCAUGGCGUUUGUCGAGAGGGGAACAGGUGCAUGUUUUCACAUGAUCUGGCAACCAGCAAACCUUCAACAAUAUGUAAAUUUUAUCAGAAAGGUGUAUGUGCUUAUGGAGAUAGGUGCAGAUAUGACCACAUCAAGCCCGGGGGCCGUGGAAGUGGACCUCCCAUGGAUCACACAAACAGAGCCGGUAGUGCAAGCGCGUCUGUUUUGCCCUCCACGGGACCUGGACCUCCACCAAGCGCCGCAAGAAUUACUAAGAAACCAAUCGUGCUGAGAGACAGAGCUUUAGGCAGUGAGAGUCGAGGGCAGCCGUUCAGCGGAGAAACCGCAGAGCUUCUAGAUUGCUGGGAUUACAGAGACGUCUCUCAGGUCAAACCUCAUAGCUACCUGGAUGCCAUCCGCUCAGGGCUAGAGAGUGCAGCCACAGCCAGCCCGUUCCCUGAUAUAUCCCAUCAGGCUCUGCUUUGCCCUUAUGCAGCUGCCGGCCAGUGUCACUAUGGCGACACAUGCCCGUAUCUCCAUGGCGACAUGUGUGAAAUUUGCCGGUUGCAAGUUUUGCACCCACAUGAUCCAGUGCAGAGGGCAGCACAUGAGAAGGUGUGUAUGACUGCCUUUGAGAAGGACAUGGAGCAGGCGUUUGCUGUGCAGCAGAGCCAGGAGAAAGUGUGCAGUAUCUGCAUGGAGGUGGUGUACGAGAAGGCGUCUCCGUCCGAGCGGCGCUUCGGCAUCCUGUCCAGCUGCUGCCACACCUACUGCCUCGGCUGCAUCCGCCAGUGGCGCUGCGCCAAGCAGUUUGACAACAAGAUCAUCAAGUCUUGUCCAGAAUGCAGGGUGGUGUCUGAAUUUGUUAUCCCCAGCAUGUACUGGGUGGAAGAUCAAGAGGAAAAGAAUCGUCUCAUCGAGGAGUUCAAGUCUGGAGUCAGUAAAAAACCGUGCAAGUAUUUUGACCAAGGUAGAGGAACGUGUCCAUUCGGAGGGAAAUGUUUCUACAUGCACGCCUACCCAGAUGGAACUCGGGCCGAACCGGACAAGCCUCGAAAGCAGCUCAGCUCCGAAGGAAAUGUUCGGUUCUUGAACUCCGUACGACUGUGGGACUUCAUCGAGGAACGUGAGCAUCGCGCGGUGCCGCAGUACGAAGACGAAGUCAACGACCUGGGCGAACUCUUCAUGCAGCUCUCUGGUGCCGGAGAAGAAAGCGGAACCUCAGCAUCACACUGAUCCUUUCAUCUCGCGCACACACACACACACUCGCAGACCUGUAGGCCGACCCCCACGGCAAGCCAUGAUUUCAUGACUUUGGUAACUGUGUAUGUAAUCUGGGCAAUAAAAAUGUACUCACUGGUAAACAUUUCCCUGUUUAUGGCUUGACAUGGUUUUCUUAAAGGAAAAAAAAAAAACUUUUUACCUGUGGUACAUUUUUGUGGUAUAUUACACUAUGUUUAACAUAAACAUAUUUAAAGGCACAUGUAUUGUUUCUGUAAGCUGCUAUAUUUUCCUGACGUGUUAGAAUUUUGCAGGAUUGAAAAGAUUUUUAAUAUGUCCAAAGAAAAUAACUGUCAAAUAAUAAUGGAGAAAAAAAUGGGGGGCGGGGGGGCUGCUAAGCCUGCUGCCACACCACAAACACACUCGAGUAGUGUGUGAGUUUAACAAGUAUCGUAUUUAGUAUUUAAAUAAAUAUAUAUAUAUACACACAGUAUAUAUAUAUUUUAGUGUGUAUAUAUAUAUAUAUAUAUAUAUAUAUACACUGUAAGUGUUGCACUUAGAUCCAUUUACACAGACUUGACUCGACUCUAUCUCUGAGAAACAUGUUGGCGGUUUUUAGAACCGUUUAGACUUAAUUACAUCCUGUUGAUGUCAACAGGACUAGAAUGGUUUUAAGUUUAUUCCCUCAUGUGCACACAUGGAGUGAUCGAACAGUGAGGUAGAAACAUCCCUCUACUACCAAUUAGUGUUUCUCGAAAGUUUCUGAUACAGUAGCUUGCUCAGUUUCUCCAUGUUGUUUGAGUUAUUUAUUUAAAACUGAGACAAGGUUAUCUUAGUUGUUUGAGGUCAUAGAAUGAAAUAAUAAUAAAAAAAAUACCUGAA